CGCCGAGCGGAAUACGCUGUCGGGCAAGAGCGCGUGAGAAAAAAAAUGCCGCGGGGAGCCGCGACGACCAGCGACGCUUCGCGCGCUGGCGAGCUCGCGUGAGUAGGUGUACCAAGGAUCGGAAGUGCGUGCGCGCGCGACCAUCAGGAGUAUUAUCCGACAGUUGAUUAACCUAAGUGGUGCGUGCGGGGUUGAACUGCGGUGCGGUGCGGUGCGGUGCGUCGCGGUGCAGUGCGGUGCGAUACGGUGCGGUGCGGUGCGGAGCGGAGCGUAGAGACGCGGUGCUGAACGGUACAUAGCGCGGACAGGGACUCCUCCUCGUGCUACUUGGCAUGGCAGAAACAAUCCGGCCGAGCUGUCGUGCAGCAGCUCGCCGGAUGUGAGGAACGGCACCGCGACGUCGUUCGUCACGGUGAUCACCAAAGUCAGACGUAAAAGUCCAGACCGUCCGGCCAUGGCGUCCGUCGCGCGCGCGUGAUCGUGAGCGAGAGGAGAGAACGCCGGGACGCGUCGUCGUCCACAACGACGGUAUUUGUAAGAGGAAUAAAAAGGAAAGGAAAAAGGAAGAGUAAGUGAGAGAAAGAAAGAAAGAAGGAGACAGUUGUGAUGGUGUGUCGGUCUCGCCGUGUGUAAACAAACAUUCUGGCCUACCUAUCGUAUCCUGGUGCUCAUAUCCUCCUUCGCGUGACAUUGUGUUUCACGUUUAACAGCUACCAUCGCCGUCGUGGAUCAUUCUGGACAACAUGUGCACCCAGCCUCUCUCAGAGGGACGUCCUGGUUACUCGAUUUACGUGUAUGAGGCUAGACUGCAUUUGGGCUGAUCUCUGUCGUUCAACAGGACAGUCGAGUCAUUGGCAGGAGGCAGAUGAGAGGAAUAUAGAAUGACAAUUAAGCAAUGUAAGUGCUAAGCGAGUAGAUUGUUAGUGUUGUGUUUAAAAAGUGUCGAGACAUUCCAUGAUAUACUGUAAGAUAUCGAUAAGGUAAACGCGGUCGUGACUUAAUGGACGGUGCACACCAUGUCUAAUAGUCUGGACAGCUUUCUGACACGCAUCGGAGACGUCACAAUUGAACGCGUGACACCUCGCGGUGGCCCUAAGCCCGGCGAGACGAUCAUGACGAGUGAGACUACGAGCAGUGCGAACAUGAACGCGGAACCGCAGGCGACUAAUGAUGAGAGCUCGGACGAGUCGAGCGGCGAGACGACGGACGGAGAACACGAGAAGAAGCUCGACGCUCUGCAAUCAGAGGAGAUCGAAGAGAUACGCUCCGAGGGCUCGGGCGACGACAUGGAUCUCGAUGAAACGAUCGACUCACAGAUCGGUGUGAGAGUAGAGUCAGAGAGGCAGCAACAUCAUCCGUCUCAGGAAGAGGAUGACGAGGAGCCAGUUAAUAUUUUAGACACAUUGCCACUAGAAGGAGCACCUAUAGAAGGUCAAGAGGUGUCUGAAGCCGACCUACUAGGGAAACCAAUAUCAAAAGAUUCAGAAGAUGAGGAGAGCAUGGACAACGAGAACGACAAGGAAGAGGGUCACUCUGGAGGAGAGGAUGGCGAUGGUAAGAGACAGGCUGAUUCGGAACUUUCCGACCAGGCGAAGAAAAAGACGAAGAAAGACGACAGUACCGAGGGGUCCACGUCGGAAUGCGAGCUGAAGAGUGAGAAGAAAUUAGCCAACAUGCGACGGAACAUUCGUGAGGUGAUGGACGAGACGCAGUUGGACGAGGCUACGUUGUCCGCUCAGCGACAAGAGAUGGAACGUCUCAGACGAGUGCAGGAGCAGCAGAGAAUUAUCCGCGAGGUACAACGUCAAAUAGCGAUCAACCGUCAGAAUAACAGAUCGCAGACGCGCGUCAUCAGUCUUUUACAUGGCAAGCAGAAUCAAGUUGGUACUACCACGCUUUCGCAGUCCACUUCCUCGUCGUCGGCAUCGUCCACGCAGGUUCGCCUGCCGAACACCGUGUUGCUGAAGGUGAAUUCUGGCGCGGGCGCAUCGCAGGCCGCUCAAGUUGGCAGCAUGCAAUCUGGACAAUUGCAGAGAAGAUCGGUGGAUGGGAUGCGUUGGCAGAAAGGCAGAGGUGGCUAUCAGGGCACGCAAACUUCCAUUUCGCGAGUGCCAAGUCGCUCUGGCGCCCCCAAUAUGUUGCAACAAAGGAUUCGCAUGAUGACACCGUCUGUGAGUAUAUCGCCAGUGGUGCCUAAGAAGGAGCCGAUGGACCGUACAGAGUACUAUUCCGAUUCCGAGAUGUCGGAUAUAGAGACUGAGGAGACGUUGCGCGAGAAACAGAUGCAUGCUGUACGAAAAAUGCCUGGCGGGCCCAAGUACCAAAAGCCACCUAAGGGCAAGGAUGUGGUAACGAUAUCUAGUUCGAGCGAGAGUUCGGACGACGAUUGUAUAGUUCUAAGUGAUCCCAGUGGCGAAGAGGAAACCGACAACGAGGAUGAUCCAUCUAAUUCUGGUAUGCACACCAAUGACCGCUAUAACAUUCCAGACGAGCACGGCAGGGUGCUGGUCAAUGUGGGUCACCCUGAAACUGAGCCAGAUGUGCUUCUGGCGCCGCAGGUGGCUCGCAUCAUCAAACCGCAUCAGAUUGGUGGUAUUCGCUUCCUCUUCGACAACAUUGUUGAGAGCAUAGAACGAUAUAAGUCUAGUUCCGGCUUCGGCUGCAUCUUAGCCCAUAGUAUGGGUCUGGGCAAGACCCUACAGGUCGCCAGCUUCUGCGACGUUUUUUUUCGAUGUACUACCGCCAAGACCGUGCUCUGUAUUAUGCCCAUCAACACUCUUCAGAACUGGCUAGCGGAGUUCAACAUGUGGCUGCCGUACGAAGAACCUGCUACUACCGCCGAGAAGCAAUCUAAAGCGACAAAUGUGAAGAUGGAGCCUGGGAUGGAUGUGAAGCACGAAGUGAAGGAAGAACAAUGCGGCAAUCAGAGCGAUCUAUCCAACAUGUCACGACCGAUUAGCACAGAAUCUGCGCACCGUUUUAAUCAGGAACCAACCACAGUGCCGCAGCAACAACCGAUAAACGUUAUGCCGACGGAAAAUCCGUACUCGCAUCAUGGCUAUGAGCCGCGCGGCAUGAUGCCAGGUUACGGGAUGCCGGACGCCGCCACUGUUAUGAUGAACAAGAGCAUGGCGGAGCCGCACACGCACAUGCCGCCGAGUUCCUAUCAUCAGGGCGAAAUACCGCAGAGUUCGUUGUAUAAUGCAGCUCCUAAUCCGCUCCCCAAUCCUUUCCCUCCUGAUCCGAUGAAGCCGGUAGAUGUCAACUGUCAUGGUAUACCGCCCGGACCUAACAUAGCGGCACCUAUGCCGAAGUACGGUAUGGAAAGUCAAACUGCUGGUGUUAUGUACCCCGGGGUUAUGGAAAGUCGACCGCAGGCUCCUAUAUAUCCCGACAUGGAGAAUCGAAACCCCGUCGCGGUGAUGUACCCAAGCAUGGGCGCUCAUCACCAUCCUGGGCCGAUGUAUUCGAACUAUAACAAUGUCUCCACUGGCACCUUCGCGAAUUAUGGUAACCAGUCUAAUAGUCAGGAACACCUAGGACAAGAGCCAAAGAAGGAGAACAUACAUGGGCCAUCGGUUCCAAGCACGGAAGUGAAUGUGAAGAAAGAACCGGAAGAGACGAUCAAGAAAGAGGAGGGUACAUCAACGGCGAUGAUAAAGGAAGAGAUGACGGAAGAGAAGAAGGAGGUAGUGGAGAAAGUGAAGACACCAUUUUGCGUGGACGCUCCCAUUGGCAUGGACAUGCGGCCGAGACAUUUCCGUUUGCACAUUCUGAACGAUUCGCAUAAGACCAUGACAGCGAGGGCAAAAGUGAUACAAGAUUGGCAAGCGUCAGGCGGUGUGUUGUUAAUAGGUUAUGAACUGUAUAGACAAUUAUCUUUGAAGAAGCCGAAUAAGGCGAAGCGUAAGCGCGGUCAACCUUUCAAAGACACCGUCGAUGUGGAAGAGGAGGACAAAAACAAGGGCUUGCUCGACGAUAUGCACACAGCUCUCGUGAGUCCCGGACCGGAUUUGGUAAUCUGCGACGAAGGUCACAGAAUCAAAAACUCUCACGCUAGUAUCAGCAUGGCGCUGAAGCAGAUGCGGACGAAGCGUAGGAUCGUUUUAACCGGUUAUCCUCUGCAGAAUAAUCUGUUAGAAUAUUGGUGUAUGGUGGAUUUUGUGAGACCCAAUUACCUAGGAACCAAGAGCGAAUUCUGCAACAUGUUUGAGCGACCGAUUCAGAACGGUCAGUGUAUCGACUCCACGCCACAGGACAUACGCUUGAUGAGAUAUCGCGCUCAUGUUUUACACGCUCUGCUGGAGGGUUUUGUGCAGAGAAGAUCGCAUUCGGUGCUGCAAAUAUCUUUGCCGCGCAAAGAAGAAUACAUUCUUCUCGUUCGUAUGACGUCCCAUCAACGGAAGCUCUACGAUACGUUCAUGAAUCAAGUGGUGAAGACACGCGCCGUACCGAACCCGCUCAAGGCCUUUGCCGUGUGCUGCAAAAUCUGGAACCAUCCGGAUAUUUUGUAUCAUUUCCUCCGUAAGCGGCAGGCAAACGAGGAGGAUGACUUAGACCUGGAAGAGACAAUUGGGGAAAAAGCCACUGCGGGUGGUAAAAGGUCCAAGGCACGUCAGGGUAAGGGAGAGGCGAAGAAGAACAAGAAGACCAGCACGACGAUAAAGAACAAGCCUGCGGCUAGCGUGCAACCGAACGCUUCUUCGUCGUCCAGCACCGACAACGUCGAGCCGGAGAACACUCAUGGCACUUUAAAACAGAAUAAUUAUACCAACUAUCCAAUGCCAGUUCCCAGUUCUGGAUACUCCAACUCCAUAUCGCAGGGCUCUUAUCCUUCUCACGGUUACCAGAACUAUCGUCCGAACGACCAGAAUACGUACUAUAGAAACGACAGUAAUCAUGGGGAAUACGGUAAUCACGGGGAAUUCUACAAUAAUCAGGGACAACAGAGAUACGGUAAUCAACCGUUUCAGUCUUACGCUCAGACCUCGGGCUACAACACAUCGCAGAGUUACAACAAUCAGUCGCAGAACUACAUGCAGUCGAACGAGCAGUCUGCGAAUCAUCCUCAGAGAUACACCGGCACGUCGACUGGCUCGGACUUCAGGUCUGAUCAGAAUCAGGGCAGUAAUUACGAGUCUGGGAUGUUUUCGCGGCAAGGCUAUCCUUAUCAAGACCAGCAGCGUAACUAUACGCCGAAUUUGAAUCAAGGGCCUAGCAAUUAUCCUCAAGUCCCCAAUCAGCCCUCUUUCCAGUCACAGAUGCCGAGCCAGUCGACGAAUAUGCCGAUGCAAGAUUAUUCAUCAUAUGGUGCGAAUCAGAGUCAAAAUUACACCCCGACGCCGACACCUCAGCCGAAUCCGAUAUAUCCGCGCAACGACGCUCAAUCGUUGCAGAAUUCGACGAUGGCAGGAUAUCCAGCACCUCAGCAGGGUCAACCUCCGGCGACGCAGUCUCAGGCCACCGGUUACAUGCCACCACCGCCGCCACAGCAGCAACAGGGACAGAACCCGUCACCGAGUCAAAAUCGUGGCUUCUCGCCGAACCAGCAGAACCAGAAUUUGGGCUUGCAGAAUCAACCGCACUCGUCGUAUACCGGUCAGCAACCACAAGGCGUAUCUCUUCAGGGUCAGUCGCACGGUUAUCCGGCGCAGGUGAAUCCAACCACACCACAGACUCCGCACGCGUUCAAUCAGCAGUCAUCUUCGAUGCCGCAGACUCCGUCACACGGUUAUAUGCAGCCGAGUCAGUCGAGUCAGACUCCUAUGCCACAGGGUCCUAUGCGUGGCUAUCCUCCGGCACCGCAGGGUCAGAUGAAUGUAGCGCAGAAUCAGCCCAAUUAUCCGGCCAAUCAACCUGCGCAGAACGUUAACGCACAGAAUCAAACGCACAGAUAUCCUGCGGAUCAGCAGGCUCCGCCGUCGAAUUCGCAGAAUGCGGUUCACAACUACGGUCAUCAUAUAGUGCCAACACCGGCAGCUUCCAAUCAGGGAUCACCGUAUCCUCAGCAAAGUCAACAGAGUCAGACAGCACCACCGUCUAAUCCGAACUACUCGUCGAAUCACCCAGGAACAGGCACGAUGCCGCCAACUCCGCAGUCUCAUCGUUACGGCACCACGCAGCAAACGCAGGUGGCCCAGAAUCAACCGAUGACGUAUCCGUCGAGUCAGCAACAAGCGAACUCGUCAUUAAGUCAGAACGAUCAGCUAUAUUCCAGACAGGACACUGCAGUGUCGCAGCAAACGCAGAGCUACACUCCGGCGACGAAUGAAUUCUCGGGCGAUCGUCCAGGCGCGAGCAACACCAGCAGUACUGGCAGCAAUUACACCGCUGGUCAACCUCAAACGCAGAACCCUGUAAUGACGAAUUAUUCGUCCGACGGAUCGUCGCAUCAGAACCCGGCGGUGGGCCAAAUGAAGAGCACAGAUGAUCCAUAUUGGCAGCGCAAUUAUCAGCCUCAGUCGUUUAGGUCGGAUCAGCAGUGCAACGACUCGUAUUAUCGCGAUCAGAUGAAUCCUGGCAUGAAUCCUGGCAUGAAUCGUUAUCAAAACAACUAUUUCCCGCCGCAAAAUUAUCCGAAUCAGCCGUACACUGACUACGCAAGUCAUGGCUCAGACAUGAAUCAACGGCCGGAAGAUUCCAAGGGGUCGCAACAAGCCGGCCCUCAUCCCCCGAGUGUCGCGCCGUGCGAAAAGAGCAACAAAGACAUGACAUCCAGCAUUGGUGUGCAGAGUCAACCGAUGCAUCAGAGCAAUCUCACCGGCACGCCUGGUUACAACGCGGAACCGAAUCGGCAGACUUCGGCGACUCCAAUACCCAGAUCCGUGCAGGCGAUCAACUCGGCGCACAGUCCUCGCUUGAAUCAGAUCGAAUUGUCGAAGGAGGAUGAGAGGGAGAAAGAAGAGCAAUUAGAGAAGGAUAAGGAGGAGAAAUCUGACGAUGAAAUCCUCACGAAGGACGAGGAGAAAGACUGCAAGAGCUCUCCUUGUAGCAAAGAGGACCCUGGAAUUCCAUACGAUUGGGCGACAGAGCUGAUGAAGAACUACGUACCUGGUUUAAUAGACGCGUCUGGAAAAAUGACACUUUUCUUCUGCAUCCUCGAGGAAGCUAUCAGACUGGGAGAUCGCGUGCUCGCGUUCUCGCAGUCGCUAUUCACAUUGAAUCUCAUAGAGGACUUUCUGGCGCGAAAUAGCUUAAAGUAUCCGGACGGACAGACUGACGCCUGGAUUAAGAACGUGAAUUAUUACAGACUAGAUGGUAGUACUAGCGCAUUAGAACGAGAAAAACUGAUCAACGAAUUCAAUAGUAAUUCGAAGAUUCAUUUAUUCUUGGUUUCAACACGAGCCGGUUCGUUAGGUAUUAAUCUUGUGGGUGCAAAUCGCGCGAUUGUAUUCGACGCUUCAUGGAACCCGUGCCACGACACGCAAGCCGUGUGCAGAGUGUACAGAUACGGUCAGCAGAAGCCGUGUUUCGUUUAUCGCUUAGUCACCGACAACUGCCUAGAAAGGAAGAUAUACGAUAGACAAAUCAGUAAGCAGGGUAUGGCGGAUCGUGUUGUUGAUCAGUGCAAUCCCGACGCGCAUCUUUCGUUGAAGGAGGCGACGACGUUAUCGUGGGAAUGGGAGGAGGACAGCCAAGUGCAGGACUUCUCGCAGACUAAGGACAGCUAUUCGGAUGAAGUUAUGCACUGUGUAUUAGAACGUCAUUCUUCGUUGCUGACCAAACAACCAUUUCAUCACGAAAGCUUGCUCGUGGAUCGGAAGGAUAAAAAGCUCAGUCAGGCUGAAAAACGAUUGGCCCGCCGUGGCUAUGAGCUUGAGAAAAUGGCAGCUAAUUGUUCGAGGCCGAGUUAUAAUUAUGUUCCAGGAAACACAGCUACGCGAGCAGGUGGAUUACAAAUCCGAGCAAUUCGCGGUGAGGGAGGAACCACGCCUAAGCCUGUCGCAUCUGUGAGACCCAUGCAACAACGAGGUGCUGAGGGAUUAGGUGCACGAGGUGUAACCGGAAGUAGAUGGAUUCCGGCGGAAGUGUGGCAGAGGCAAGGAAUGAGCGCUCAAGAGAUGACGCUACCUUUAGACGUUGUCAUUCCGACCAACUCUCCGGAUAAAGGGAGCAUUGUUUUAAAGGCGGGUCAACGAGUAAUGGUGCUGAAGAGUCCGAAAGGCAUUUACAUGCAGCUCGAAUCUGGCAAGAUUAUAGCAAUUCGCACUGCACUUAAAUUGAAUCAACAGAAGCGGGAAGAGGAGCCGAAGAAAGUUUUUUUUAACCAUUGGAGCUCAAUUUUUCCAAACAAUUAUUUCUCACACGUAUCACAACCACAAUACGUACCACAAUUAUUAUUUCCUGAUGUGCACAAUAUACCCACAAUGUACUCACAAUAUACUGGCGUUUCCUCAAUGAUUCAGAGGAACUCUAAGCCUGAGGUUGGCUUCCCUUUGCGAAACAACUCGGCUAUUUCAAUAAUACCAAAAUCAUCUUCGAGUAAUCAAAUCAGCAGCCGUCCUUUGAAUAAACCAUCUCCAGGCUUGGGCUAUAAGCCGUUCGGCGACAAGGAAAUCUCCAAAAGACCUAAACCUGUCGCUACAGCGACUGCUAAACCUUAUAUGAAUCAUGUUAACAUAACGAAUCAGGUGUCUCUGUCGAGGCUACCCAAAGUCAAGCAAGAACCAGUGGAUCAUUCCACGCUCGGCGAGAAUUCCAAUUCAUCUGACGGUCAAGUAAGAACCGAACAACGAGUCGAAGAAGUUAGAUUAGAGGACGUGGUGGCCGAAGUGAGCUCCAACACUGAGUACAGUCCCUCUAAUCAUACGCGAACCACGAAUUCGGAUACCGACACGUCUUUGCCGAAAUCUUCCGAGGAAGGCACUCAGGUUUACUCGUCCGACACCAUGGCACAGGGCGUUCAAACGCAACACGAUCCGGAACCGGAACUACCACCAACCGUUGACAAGCAGUGUUCACCGCCAGAGAAAGAGUCAUCCAAGCCAGAUUCCGCGCUGUCGGGCUAUGGUCGAUCUUUCCACAGCCAGACAGAGAAACGAGAAAACUCCAACGAUGAAAUUAUCAUUGAGGAGUCGCCGCAAGUGACACCACAGGCCGCCACGCAGACGCACGUAACCACUCCUGGACCGAUUCCGCCUUUGUUGACGCCACAAGUGGUACCCUCGAGCAUGUCGGCAUCAUCUAAUAUGCCGGUACCACCCAGUAUGCCGGUACCGUCCAGUAUGCCGGUACCAUCGAGCAUGCAAGUACCGUCGAACAUGCCAACAGUACCAUCGAGUAUGUCGAUACCAUCUAGUAUAUCGAUAGCAUCGAGCAUGUCGAUGCCAUCGAGUAUGUCGAUACCAUCGAGUAUGUCAUUACCAUCGAGUAUGUCGAUACCAUCAAGCAUUCCGGUGCCAUCGAGCAUGCCGGUACCGUCCAGUAUGCCGGUACCAACGAGCAUGCCGGUGCCAACGAGUAUGCCGAUGCCAACGAGCAUGCCGGUGCCAACGAGCAUGCCGGUACCAACGAGCAUGCCGAUGCCAACGAGUAUGCCGGUACCAACGAACAUGCCGGUGUCAACGAGCAUGCCGAUGCCAACGAGUAUGCCAGUGCCAACGAGUAUGCCGGUACCAACGAGUAUGCCGUUGCCGUCGAGCAUGCCGAUACCGUCUACGCCUGUGAGGGGUCCGGAGAUACCUAAAAGUAUCGCCGACUCGUCGUCUGUCGUUGCGCCAUCGGCCACAUCGGUGUGCACCAAUACUAAUAACAUCACUUCCCCAAAGAAUACCGAACCGACGAGUAUGCGUGACAACAUGAUUCAAGGCGACCCGCCGAGUGUUCCGCAGGGAUAUCCCUAUGCGCAAUAUCCGAGAUAUUACGACUACAGCGAUCCGCGAUCUCGCUCGCUAUCCAAUCCCUACGGCACUUACUUUCCUGGCGUGCCACCACAUACGGCGAAUCCUAGCAGCAGACUGCCAGUAGACACGACGAAGCCUCCGCCGGACCUAGGGAAGCCUAUGGACGAGAGAGGUGUGAUGAACGUGCCUACCGCUUAUUCUCAAGUAUCGAGCAUUACUGCCAAAACGCUGACGAGCAGUUCCACGGAAUCCAAGAGUACGGAGAACUCGGUGGUGACUACCACGGCGGCUUCGAGCAGGGAUGAGACUACGCAUAUACCCACUGCGUUUAGCCACCCCACUAGCACACGUUAUCCGAGUCCGUAUCCGCCGGGCCCAUAUGAUCCGUACUCGCAGCACUAUCCACCGGCGCCUGGCUCGUCUGCAGCUUAUCCUCCGGCUGCACCCGGAUAUCCGGCAUACGGUGGACCAAGCUACAACACGGAUUAUGCUCGCAUGUAUUCGGCGUUUCACGGUCCGCCACCCCCGACGGAUCCCUACAUGCACAGAGGAUACGCCCCUCCUUCCUCGCAUCCUCCCAAUUAUUACCCGCCAUUCCCGCAUCCCCCGCCGCCAUAUCCCAACUAUUCUUUCCUGUCGCCGUACCCGAAUCCUAAUAUGUCCAGCGAGCCUCAACCACCUGCACAGUAGGGAAGUGAUGAGGUUUCAAGGGUAAUCUUAAUGGUCGCGAAGCGAAAGAAGAGCCGUCGCGAAGACUCGGAGGCGGUUACCGUCGUGGUUCCGAAGCUUAUAGACUGAAGUUGUAAAACGCAUCGAUGUAAAUAUUUAGUCACAAAUAUUGAAAUAUUAAGAGAUUCGAUCGCGAUGGUACUCGAGUACUUCGCGAUGCCGAUUAUGCGUCAGAGGGCGAGCGCGAGCGUGAACGCGAUCGUCAACAUUGAACCGUGCAAUUUGUUGAAAUGUUCAGAAUACUUUAAUCACACUCGACUGUCAGUGUAAUGUUCUUGCGAUGCGUUUGUUCACUAGUUAACUCCACCGAGAAUGUACCCGUUACAAGCGGUACAAGUCACUCCUUUGUUUGAUCCUCCAGUCUCAUGAGUCUCCUCGAUGACUUUGUGCGACGAGAGAUUCUUUUACGGGCGCUUAGGCUACACUGUGCGAUUUAGAUUAAAAUACGUUUCUCAACGCUAGGACCGACUAAUUGCGUUCUCCCGCGACUUUUUCUACUUUUUGUACUUGCGCGAUCUGUCUUUUGCCAGGUAAUAUAUCACUUCGCUAUACCUCCAGAAACAUUCACUGAGUAGUUGAGUAACGGUAGUUUCUUUAACGUUCGAAAUGAUGAGUUGCUGACUGCGUAUGACUGGCAAGAUUGAAUGAGGAGUAAAUUGUACCAUCUGAAUGAUCGAAGAGAGAGGAACGCUGUAUACUAUCAUUUAGCUUCAAGCGUUUACACGUCACUCAGCCCAUUUUUAUAUAGUCCGUGUACUGAAGAAGGGGAGGGUCAUUCUAGCGGGACGAAAUUCUCUAACACUGAUCGACGAUCAUAGCCAAUGACACGCGCGUCUUCAAUUUGUAAAUCUGUACUUCGAGAUUUAUAGAGGUAACAGCAUGGCUAAGAGAAAAAGUACGAGACUGAAGCCGUUCUUUUCAAGGAUUCUAUUGUGAGAUCAAUCAAUGAUGACAUUUCAUAGAUAAUACAUAGCAGGGAAUCAAUUGGGAGUUCAUUUGCAAAAGAAAUAAAGAUCAUCAUCAGUAAUAUUAUUUUUCUGUUCAGUUAGUCAUUCGUAAGUUAUUUUUCUUUGAAGAAUUUUUAUCUUUUUGAUUCAUGUUGCCGUCUUAUAGUCUUCACUUACAAACAAGACAUAGUAAAUCUUCACAGCAAAUUUUUAACGAUUUUAACGAAUUUAAAGUUACUCGAUAGAUUCCCCUCGGACGAUACAGGAAGAGUAAUGGAUACUUGCAAGCUGAAUAGACCACACUGACAUUAUUGAUGCUAUACUAUAAAAUGCAGAUGUUCGUUGAAAUACCUACGUGCAUGAACUGUAUUAGAGCCUACUGUUCAGCGAGAUGCUUUCUUCUCUUCUACCAUAUGAUGUACUUUAUAUAUCAUAGCGAUAUAUAUAUUCGACUGUUAUGCCGUGACUUUUGGCGAUUCAAUGGUUUCGCUCCGAAAGCCGGUUCUUCUUGUGUUGCGUCCACCAAACAUUAUAGACCAUGUUCUCUCCGUCUUAUUCACAGAGUUUUUGUAUAACUUUAGUUUUGAUCAAAUGAGACUAUUCUAAAACAUUAAUUUUUUUUUGUAUAAUCACUUUUGUCAACAGUAACUUUAUCUUUCCUCCGUACCAUUUUAUUGACAUAUCUCAAUGAGACGGUUGAGAAGAUUUUACACUCGGAUUAAGAUCUCGCAGUCAUGCUUGAGGUGGUGACUUCAUUACAAUAGUGGUUGUUUCGGAACGAGACCGCUGCGUUGCGAAGAGCUACGUCGGUUUGCAUUAUGCAUCACUCUUCCGUGAAUUUGAUUUUUAGAACACGCAUCAUCGUCUUUUCUCUUUUUCAUGACGCGCUGAGGCCGACAUUCGCCGCAACGGUGUGAGUCCAAGUCGCGCGUCAUCUUGAAAACUUUUUUCCAUACCAUUUAUCACGCGUAACAUACGUACAGUAUUCACCUGGAACAUUUAGCAGCCAGUAAACACAGUCUACAGCAUCCCUAGCGAGUUGUAUAUGGACUACGUAUUAUUAUUAAACGUUACGGUUUCCGAAAUAGCUAAUCUGAGUAGAGCGUAGGAUUGUUGUUAACUAGGAUGUCUUAUGAUUAAAGAAAACGAAAAAAAAAAAUUAAGAAUCACUAUCUCGGAUACGUAGCAUUACGGGAACGUAGGGAGAGCCAUGAUUUUCAGAGAGCGACUCUUCAGACUCGGAACUGUGAUAUUUUAUUAAUAAUCUCGUGUCGAAUUCGCACUGUACGCUCUUGUCCGGAAUCGAUGUCGCCGCUGACCUUGGUUUCGCGGGAAACGCGAAGAAGUGGCGCGGGAGAAGAAGGUCUCCCUCGAGCCCUGCCCUUCGCGACGCUCGGUCGAAAUUGUUGCAUUUACGUUAGUGUAAGUCAAUCGGGCACGAGAUGGCUAAUCCAUUUUUCCAAGUGGAACACAGAGGCGCGCACGGGUCUAUCAUGGUGCUCCCUGAAGAUAUUAUAGACCAGUGGUAUUCAACCCCUUCCUCCUCGGCGUCACGCCAUGCUGAGUGUUAAUCUUAUUUGGACCUUCCUCUGCUCUCUUUAAAGAUAUUUUUAUCGGUGUCACAUAUAUUUACGCUUUGUGCGCGAUUAGCAGCGUAUACUGCAAUCCUUCAUUCGCCGAGGGUUUUUAUAGGACUAUUUUGUACACUUUUAAUAUAUAUACAUAUAUACAUAUGUUUUUAUUGUGUGAAUCAUUUCUGAGAGAGAGGGCAGGAUCUCUCUCGCUGUGUAAAUUCAUUUCCGAAUCUUUGCGCGCUUGUAUUUCUUCGGCACUCUGCUCACUGUCAUGUAUCUUCUCAGAAGUUUGUAUAUUCCCAAGAAUAUUUCUUCACGAUCUAAUACUCUCUCGUUCUCGAAGGUGCUCUAAUUCGAAUUUGAAACUGUCAUUCUGAAUUCGCAAGUGUUUUAUAGAAUUUUGUAUCCGUUAUAUUAAUGCAUCUUGCGCCGAUCGCUCUUUUCCGGAAAAGUGCGAUCCGAUUUUUUCCCCUCUAGUUUCCGAACGCGAACGCGUCCUCACGCGCAUUUCUUCCGAGGGUACUCCACAGGUUGAAUACCUCUGCGAUAGACGAAUUACUCUAACGAAAUAAGCGUUCAUGCUGAAUAUAUUAAUUAUUAGUAUGUAUUAUGUCUUCACGCGGCGGGCCUCCGUCGCCUCUUCGCCGCGCGCCAGCGGACGCGACGUCUCGUUUAUUUUGAUAGACGCGUUGCGGCCACACGUUUCGUAGAUUCUAAGUGUACAGGUAUUACGUUAGCGCAACGUGCGAAUAAGUUGUGCAAUUCGAUCGCGAACAGGCGACGGAAACGAGUCCGCUGUAAAAAAAAAAAGAAAAAAGAAAAUCGUGCGCGCAGAAUGAGAGCCGUUCGUUCUGAAAGUGAUGCGGGCUCACAUUGCGAAGUCACGACGACGUUUACGAUCGCGUGUUUAGCACCAAGU